CAGGACUGACGGAAUAAAAUCAGCUUGUUCUCGUGGAUAGUUGGACGUGUGUGUCAUUACCUACUGUCAAACUUAAGUCCAUAUUUGGUUUCAUAUGACUGCUGCAAUAACCCUUACAGUAUUUUGAGAUUUGCAGGGUUGCGAGUAAUCAAGGAGCAUGGACCGUGGAACAGUAGAUACAAAGGAAUCAGUCAUGCAUGUUUCGUCCCCUGAGAAUUGUGACGUUGACAUUUUAGAAAAUGGAAGGACCAUCAAAGAUGUCAUAGACAGUAAAAUAACAGAGCUUGGUUCUAUGGACAAUGAAGAGCCAUUCUAUGUGGCAAAUCUAGAUAGCGUGUAUAAGAGGCACCUCAGAUGGCUUACUAACUUACCGCGAGUCAAGCCUUUCUAUGCCGUGAAGUGCAACAACACAGCAGCAGUUUUGAGGAUGAUGAGUGCUCUGGACACAGGUUUCGACUGUGCCAGCAAGGGUGAGAUCCAGAUGGCCUUGUCCCUCGGAGCGUCACCUGAUAAAAUCAUUUACGCACAUACGACCAAACCACCGUCACACAUCAAAUACGCCUGUGCUCAUGGAGUAGAUAUGAUGACUUUUGAUAGUGAGGAUGAACUCCUAAAAAUGUCUCGUUGUCACGCUAAAGCCAAGUAAGUGAACAACUGAUGAUACUUUUGCUUCUA